ACCUGAUUUAGUUAGUAAGAGCUGUUUGUGAGAGUAUAUAGCGACUAUAUAGCCGUUGUUUUUAGUCCAGUUGCUGUUCACAGUUUUCUUCCCUUCUUCUGUUGUGUUUUCGGUAUGUAGCCUACACCCUUCUUUAUUAAACCAAUAAUGAAUUUACAUUUGUGGGGAACCGCCUCCUGGCGUUUAAUUUUGAAUUGUUAUAUAGUGUAGCGGAACUUUAAGUACUUUUAUACAGUACUGGGCACUUGAUGUACUAGAGUUCUAGAAUUUCAAAAACGCGUCGUCGCUUUUUCUGCAUUUUUUUCUUCCCCAAAGUGAUAAUCACAGUGGGAAAUCAUAAGUACUAUUUGAUUGGAAAUGGCGUUGACCCAUAACAUAUCGUCAUCUAUAGAAGCGGCCGUUGCCUAUUUCUGGAAAGGGCUAUUUUGGCUGAAUUCCUUGUGGCGACGGUUUCGACCAAUGUGUCAGCUGGUCAUUGGCUUUUUCCUCAUCUACUACUGCGCAUAUUCGGCCAUUUCUAUAAGCCGGCAAGUCGUAUCGGUCUGGAUAACUGAAAGAUUCGUUCAUCAUCAAAUGAGGACGAAAUCUGAUGACAACCAACUGAUGGCAUCGACGCCCAGCUAUCAGAAAAUUGACCGACGGACCUGUUGCCUUUUAACCGAUUUAGCAGUAGACAUUUGCGGCCGACCCAAUUGCACGUCUCCAUUGUGUCCGCCUCCUCAUACUUUACAUGAGCUGAAGAGCGACGGACCAAACGCUUUUUUCAUCGAAACGUCCGGCAGCGGCGGUUUGAACAUCCGCCAGGCCUGCGCCGUCGAGUCGCUGGCCUUUCACAAUCCAAAUUUGACCGUCAACGUCCUUUUCAUGAUGGACGACGGCCAUCAUCAGAAACAAAAUAAAAGCAAAGUGAUGAUUAAAACUGUCGAAAAGUUGAGGGAAAAAUACGAAAAUGUCCAGUUCAUCGUUGCCGAUUUAGGCGAGUAUCUGGCCGGAACUCUGCUGGAGAAAUGGUUCCACUGCACUGACUGGCGGACAGGGCCCUACCACGUCGCCCACCUGAGCGACGGCCUGCGCUUGUUGACUCUGCACCAGUUCGGCGGAUAUUAUUUCGACCUGGACGUCAUCCUGGUCCGGCCCGUCACCUUUUACCGCAACUUUGCUGCCGCCGAGUCGGGCAGAGAAUUCGGCAACAGUGUCAUUCACGCCGACUACGGACAUCCCAUUAUGCAACUGGCCGUCAACGACUUCACUUCCAACUACAAACGAGAUGUUUGGGGCCACAACGGACCUGAUUUGUUAAUGCGGGUCAUGAAAACCUUUUGCGGAGAAGAGAAUUUCAAUGCCAUCAAUUACGUCAGUUGCCGAGGCUUUGGUGCCCUGCCGACCUCGACGUUUUCUCCGAUCCACUGGAGCAAUUGGCGAUCGUUUUUCAGCCAAAGGCCGGCCAAUGAAACCGGAGCGCCCGGUUGGAUCACCAAACAAGUCGUCGGCGUCCACGUUUGGAACAAAUUGAGUUUCAACGAAACGGCCUACAAGAAUUCGACGCAGGAAUACGUCCGGCUGGUCAGGCACAAUUGCCCCGUAAUGUUCUCCAUCGCUCCCGAAACAUUUUAAUCAAGUGGAGUCCUUAAUAUCCAGCAAGUCGAUGUUAUACACUCCUGUGUAAAUCCACUAUUUCCGUUGAUGAUAUACAUACUAGGCGUUGUUGCCCGGUCUAUAA